UGUGACAUCCCUGUCGCCGGCGUAUAAAUGGAGGCAGGUGUCAUGCUGCCUUCAGAGCACCUGGCCCUUGCCACGGAUUAUCGUACCCCGAGGGCGGCUGGGCCCAGACUAGCGGCCAAGAGGAGGGCGAGAAGGGCUCCAGAGGCUCCUGGACAAGCCGGCUCAGCAUCAGUAGCAACAGCAGCGCCGAACCAGCCAGGAUGCGGUUCCUGUUGCUUGCCCUUCUUUUUCUUGCCUGGGCAGAAGCCAAGCGAUCAGGUGGCCGUCAUCGCCACCAGAACUGCUUCCUCUCAGAAGAGGGACAGGACGAGUAUGUGUCCUCACUGUUCCGGAGCAGGGCGAAGCGAUGGGACCACCACGCUCCCUUGCAACUCGUGCCUUACCUGGAGGGUGAUCAGGCCAGCCAACGGAGGCACCGGAGGCACCACGAGCACGGCUGCCCUAAUCUGAAGAGCCAGGGCACUCUGAACAGAGAAGUCAACGAACGCUCCAUCUCCCCGUGGAGAUUCCGUAUUGAUGAAGAUGAGGACCGCUAUCCUCGCAAGCUGGCCUUUGCGGAGUGCCUCUGCAAAGGGUGCAUUGACAUCAAGUCGGGAGACGAGACAAUUUCGGUCAACUCCGUGCAGGUGUUCCAGAACAUGAUGGUGCUCCGUCGCAAGCCGUGCCAACAUGACGGUGCGGUUGGCUUUACCUAUGAAGUGAAGUACAUUGAUGUGCCUGUGGCCUGCACCUGCGUCCUCGCCCGGUCCAGCAGCUGAGCAGACAACGGCCUGUGCAUCCAAAGCUCCUAUGGAGUGGUUUCGUAUGCAGCGCAUCGAAAUCGAAAUCUGCUUGUGUGAAUGCACCAGCAUCUCACACCCUAGUCAUUGUGUUUGUUUUAAAGCACUUGUCAUUUCAACUAUAGGACUCCUAUGGUCCUGCCCCUUUAGUCAAAAUUGCUGCCCCAAGCUCUGGGCCAUCACCAGAAGUCAGGGAGACAUUUUUAUCCAAAUUUAGGUUUCUACUCCUACUCUGCCUCAUUGCCUAAAGCUUCACCUCCAGCCCCUGGCCCCACCCAUUGGACGACAGUCUUGGGAUAUGUCUGCACUUUCUCGCUUCCAGUGGAUGGGAGCAGGCAAGAAACUGCAGCCCCAAGAGCAAUAAAGAAUCUUGUGGCACCUUAAAGACUAACAAAUAUUUGUGGCCUAAGCCAGGGGUUGCCAACCCAGCCCCAUGGCCCCUGCAAAGGCUUUCAUGGGCACCUCACAGGAACACCAGGCUCUGAGCUUUCAUUUAAAAAGAAAUUGAGUCUCUAGCCCUCCUAGAAAAAAAGUUAUGAAACAAAAUGUGCAGGUACCCUUCUGUGCAAUUUUUGUGAAAUGAGCCAGCCUAGCUGCUCCAGCCUGUCAGUGUUUUUAGCCAGUGAAUGAGUCCAGUGGGUACCAAAUGGUAGCCUAGGCAUUGGUUGAGGAUUGGCAUUGGGGAAAGCCUUUAAGACUAACAGCUGCUAUCUGUUAGCUUCCACUGGCAAAAUGUGGAUCGGUUCAAGGGACUGAUCCUGGUAGUUCCUUCCCAUACACUUGCUUUUGAACUAUUUAUUUAUUCUUAUUUGUAUUUAUAUUAUUUAUAUUUGAGGUUUUUCAAGUGCUUGUCAGUUGUUGUGGUUAUUUAGCUAUCUCCCUUCUCGCUGCCUGGAAGCAAAGGGCAUGUUCUCAGGGCUUUGCCACAACUUUGCUGAGCCCAUGUCUGUAAUCUCUUGCUGCCAAGUGCGAGUGCUGUGAUGAAACAUGCCCUCCACUCUCCUCCACAAAGUUUUCCUCCCCUAAGAAAAGAGACACCCAUUUUUCUUACUCAUUCUCACCUGGGGGGGGUUUAGUAUGUCUCUUAAGUGUGGGGCUUUGAGCUUAGCUUAUCCAUGUGAGGUGGCCAAGAAUCCCGCAGCUUGGUUGUACAUCGGUGUGCAGCCGAUAAGCACAGCCAACCUUGCGGCAUGGUAUAAUUGUUGGUGUCGAUUGUGUGCUGGUGUGCCGCCAACAGCAAACUGACCUGCCAAUUGCAUCAAAAGAGAAACUGGCUGGUCUUGUGGCAGAAACAGGCCUUGUAAGGAGACCUACAGCUCCGUCCCAUGUUGCUGCUGUCUGUGGUCAGUGUCCUGAGCUUCAUGCCACAGGCAGAAGGGGUGCUCACUGUGGGCAGUGUGCCAGGCAGCAGCUAGUUCACAGUGCAACCGUGCUGUGUAAGAAUGCUUGCAAGGACAUGCCUGGUUCCCAACGUGGUCCUCCACUAUAGCUCCAUCUCAUGUCUUUGAGGAAUCUUCCUGGAUUCCUUUCCUGGAAGGCGCCGGAUGAGGAUUUUACUGGCAAAGAGACUCUCAACUGCUGGAUCUUCUUUUCCAAUAUAGGAGACCUGCAACAGAUGAUUGGCACUAGAUACUUUUCUGUUGCUACCAAAGUCUUUUGCCUUAUCCAGCUACGGCUGUAUCGUCUCUGGGUUUAAAUAUGAAAAAUAGUAAAUUUCACCUUUGCCACCCCUGAGGCAGCAGCCCGUGACCCCCACCCCCUGCAAGGUGCUGCUCUCAGUGAUGUUGAGAGGAGUUGCCUGCAUUUUUCCGACCUCAUGUUGGCAGCAGCGGCUCUUCUCUCUUACAUGAAAACUGAGAUUUGCUGGAUGGUGCCUCCCAUGCCGGGUUUGGCAAUUCCAUGGUUUGGUUGUGGGUGUGUGGAACACUUGGCACACAGCAGCAGCUGGGCCCGGCCUGUCCUGCUCCCAACAAGUGGCGUGUACUUUUUGGCUUUUCACCGUGGACUGGCGCUCUUAUUUAUUUGAUUCAUGGAGUUCUAAUUAAUGCAUUUUUAUGUCGAAAUAUCUGAUGGAUAGGUGUUGUAUUUAUUU